GCCCUCUAUUGUCAGAAGAGCACCAUUCACUAGUUUUUAUGCUGUCUGAAUGCGCAGUGAUGCAGUUUUUGGAAUGAUGAUGGUGUUUAACGUGUGCGGUCACAACACAACAUUCAAGACAGUUUACUCUUCAAGCAACCUCCUGUGAUCGGUAUCAACCAAGGCCCAUCAUGAAUUGUGGAACAGCAUGCUCAGCUUUGCGACUGGUGCUGAGUAACGCACCCACAGUGUGUACUUGCUGCCGGUAUGCAUCAAGUGUGUCAAGAACAAAUUUCAGGGCAAUCCUCAGCCCUCUACGGGAGCAAGUCACAUACUCGCAAUACAGGCAGAUGUCGUUAUUAUAUUUUCUCAAGAAGCUACCUCAAAGAUUCAAGGAGUUCAAGAAAUUUGAGGCUAAUGUCACCAAGAGCGCUAAGAACGAAGAGAAGUACCCCCCUGAUGUAGCUGCGUUUCUCUGGCUGAUCGACCUCAAUGGUAAAGUGCGCUUCACCAACGGAAAGUGGUACAGCUCAGAGUCAAAAGGCCUGCUCAAACCGCCCCCUAUUGAUGAGAUAAAGAGAUUGAGCAUCGAUGCGAUCGAUGCAAAGGAAACACUUGUUGACUAUAGAGGCAUGUUAAAAAUUACUAGAUUAAAACAGCUGAAGUUUCUCAGUCUUGAAGGGUGUCCCUACAUUGAUGACAGCUGUCUGGCUCGCCUUGUACAUAUUCAAGACUCACUCACACAUCUGAACAUCAGCAAGUGUCCACAAAUUACCGAGCAUGGAUUUCCUAGUUUGACUCGCCUCAGGAACUUGAAGAGGAUCAACAUGAGCAGUCUUCCGAGGGUACCCCAUAGCAAGGUGGUGGCCAGUAUGUUGGAGGAUGUACUUCCAAAUCUUAAAGUUAGUGUAAUCACUGAGGAGGUAGAGUACCACAGGAGACAGAGAGACAAAUGGGAGCUGCCACCGGUCUCGGAAGAAACAUCGCCAAAACAGGAGGAAAAAUCAAAUUAAAGACUCUAUAUCAAAGAUUUUAAAAUGAUUUAUUUUAGGCUGUGCUGAGAAACAGCUCUUAAUUAUAAAGUACACUGAAAGAAAGGCAGGCCUGGAAUUACAUGAAGGUCAUGACCUUUAGUGACACAGGGUUCCAUUUCACAAAGAGCUACGACUGAUCUCGAGUCCUUAUUAGUCUUAGUUGCUAAGCAAAGUGUGAUGUUACAAUACAAAGACGAAUCAGCCAAAGACGAAAAUGCUGUGCUUCUGUGAUUGGUUUCUUUAAUAUCUCGUCUUCUUCUCAUUAGGCAUUGUGAUUAGCACAGAUUAACUACAAUGAAAAUAGAAACAAAAAUAUAUGUCACAAGAAAUACUCAGUUACAAUACAAAUCUUUUAAAAGGAAUAAAUUUAAGAAUUGCUUGAAAGAAGAUUCUGCUUAGCUUAUUGAUCAGCUAAGCAAGAGUCUUUGCAAUAAACAUGCACAUGAUAAAAAGUGA